GAGUCGCAAGAGUUGCCAUGUUGAUAUUUAUUCACUUGCACUCGCCCCUCGGCCGCUCCCAGGGCCGAGAUUUUCUUACACAAAUCUUGGAGUGCAAUUCAGCGACAUUUCCUUCUGGAGAGUCGAGAGGGAUAGAUGGAGAGGAAGAACAAAGUGCUGAUAAUAGGAGGAACUGGCUACUUGGGCCAACAUCUAUUGCAACGCCUUUCACAGAUCAAAGACACCCCUUUUGAUCUUGCCUUCACCCACUACUCUACUUCCACUCCUCCUCAGCCCUUGCUCGACGCCAUCCCUCAUUCCCUCGCUUUCCACGUCGAUUUGCAAUCUGGAGAAGGAUUUCAAGCCAUCUCACGUCAAUUUGGCCAGCCUCAUGUUGUUGUGAAUUGUGCUGCAAUCUCAGUACCUCGUGCGUGUGAAAAGGAUCCUGCUACUGCUAUGUCUAUAAAUGUACCUCGCUCCCUUAUUAACUGGCUAUCGAGCUUUCAAGAAAGAUAUACACUUCUUAUCCAUUUAUCAACUGAUCAAGUUUAUGAAGGGGUGAAAUCCUUCUACAAGGAAGAAGAUGAAACUGUUCCUGUGAAUGUAUAUGGAAAAUCAAAAGUAGCAGCAGAGCAAUUUAUUUAUAAGAAAUGCUCAAACUUUGCAAUUCUGAGAAGCAGUAUCAUCUUCGGGCCACAGACUAUCUCACCUGUUCCAAAAUCUCUUCCAAUUCAGUGGAUUGAUGCUGUCCUCUCCAAAGGAGAACAGGUAGAGUUUUUCCAUGAUGAGUUCCGAUGCCCUGUGUAUGUCAAGGAUGUCGUUGCCAUCAUACUGUCUUUGACAAACAUAUGGAUAUCUGAGCACAAGCAAAUGCAGCUGCUUCUAAAUGUUGGUGGGCCAGACAGGGUGUCUCGUGUUCAAAUGGCUGAGGCUGUGGCGGAUAUUAGAGGACACAACGCUGCGUUGAUUAAGCCAGUAUCUUCAUCAUCGGUCGAUCGAGGCGUAAUAUCCCCAGCAGACAUAUCCAUGGAUAUUUCAAAACUGGUUCAAACACUAAACAUUGUGCCUACUUCAUUCAAGGAUGGUGUCAAAUUGACACUUGAAAACGCUUGAAUGCAUGAUGAUGUCUGAAUUGCAUGCAUUUCAUUCUUGUGCAAGUGUUGUAUUGCGAAGGUUAUAACAUUAAUAUUAAUUUUCUUCAUGGAGGAAUAGAAGAUUUGAGAAUGAGAAUAACUUUUGAUACA